CAAAACCAGAGGCGAAGAAAAAAAGGUUCCUAAAAAUCAAUUUUUUGAAUAAAAAUGGCGGAUUCGUGUCGUUGCUGCAUGUCAGCAGUCACGGAAUUCACAUCGCACUACAUCAAUCUCAUCGGCUUCUCAUCGCUCACGUACAAGGAAAUGUUCGAGCUUGCUGUCGGCUACGAGAUUUUCCCCUCAGAAUCGCAGCAAUUUUGCGAUUCUUGCGCCCGACAACUCGUCGAUUGGUACGAAUUCAAGGCAAUGUGCGACAAAACGCAGGAACGCCUGCUUCCCGCAAGCACGAGAACCGCUCCCGAAACACUUUGGCUCGCAAGUCACGACGACGAGGCGCCCGUGCAAAUCAAAACCGAAGUAAAAGUCGAACCGGAUGUCGAAUAUUUGCAAUAUUUGGAUGAAUCUGUGUCGUCAUCGCCACCGCCUGCAAAGAAAAAGAAGCGAUCCGUCUCAGUAACGUCGGAAAUUGAGGAUAAUUUCGUCACUGUUCACUUUCGGAUCUUGAUUCGCAACUUUGGGCUUCAACUGACGCACAAACAGAAGGAAGCUGAGAAGCCGGAAAUUGGUCUCGUUACUGUCGAAGGUUCAAAUGAGACGGAUUUGAUGCAUCAAGUAUGGCUUUGUGUCAAACCUUUGCUCAAACGAGAGAUAAUUUUCGAUGAGGAACGUUGCGAGGCGCGAUGGCAUCAAAAUUCAGAACCUUUGGAGGAAGAUAUGAGCAAUUUUGUGCUGUUUCAAGACAAUUUAACAAAGUACACUUAUGUUUCUCCCAAUUUUGAUCGCUUCAAAAUAUGGCACAAGCAAGAAAAGAAUCUCUACGUGUAUCCGUACUCGAAAAAUUUGCACACAAUUUUGCAAUUUAAGAUCGCGAUGGCAACUUUAGUCGACCGGGAUCCCAAAAGACUCGCAACUUUGACGGAAAAACUCAUGCGGGAACGAAAAAUGAAGGAAAUUAUCAAAAGUAAACCUUCGACAGAGACAUUACCGACUCUCGAAUCUGUCACGAUUCCCGCAAAAACGACAAAAUCCAACGAAAAAUCAGUAUUAACGGUUACUUUUGCGACCUUCAUUCGUUAUUUCAAGAUGCAAGGUGUCUCUGGCACGCCUGCAAGUAACUUUACCAUCUCAGGAAAGAAUUUAGAAGAAUUCAAACACAACGUUUGGAAGGCAAUCAAACCUCAUCUCGUGGGCGAAAUCAUCUUUGACGACCAUGAACCCCCAAAAUUAUCGGAAAAUGCCCCGACGGAAGACGACAUGAACGAAUUUGUGCAUUUUCACAACAAAACGACGAAACAAGGCUUUGUUGUAGACAAGCUAACGGAAUAUUUGCUGAAAAGUUGGAAGGACAAAGACAUCGUAAUGUACAUUUAUCCCUAUUCCAUGUCUGUAGCAAAUCGAAAUUUGUGGCAAGAAGCGAGCAAAAUAAUUACAGAACCCGCGAAAAUCGACGAGGAUCGCCAAUUAUGCGAAAAUGUCUUGGAAAAGUUGAAGGAAAAUCAUUUUUCGCAAUAUGGCAGGGAUGCGACGGAUGCUCAUUGGCGAAUGUGGGCCAAAUAUGUCUCAAGUUACCCAACGUCGCAACACGAAAAACUCAUGCAAGAAGAGCCUCCUGUGCAAUUUUUGACAUUUUUCGAUAAAAAUUUCAGUUUUGUCUCGCCAGAUGAAGAAAAAACUCCUGAAGACACAAAAUUCAAGGUCAAAUUUUUCGGGCGCUUGAAAAUUUCUCGUAGCGACAUGAAAAAACAAAUUUUCAUCGGUGAGCUGGAAAUUGCGGCAAACAGCCCGGAAGAAUUUUGCAACAAAGUAUGGGACCGUGUUCAACCAUUUAUCGUAAGAGAAGUCACUUUUGUCGAUAGUUUCCCGAAAUUGGGCGAUGGAAGACCCUCACAGGAAGAUUUACAUAAAUUUGUCAUCUUAACCGACGCCGAAAGGAAACAAAAUUUCAAAAUUGGCACGUUCGAGGGGAAAAACUGCGUUAAUGAAGCAACUUUAGAACGUUGGACCAAAAGUUGCGACGUAUUUUUAGAUAUUUUGCCAUUUUCAACGUCAAUCGAUUCAGUUCAACGCAAAAAUUUGCUCGAUAAAAUUUUGUUGGAUCAAGAUUCGGAGUCGGCGAGAUCGACUGAGAAGUUAAUUUCGCAACUCAAGUCCGUUCAUGGCACGAAAUUCAUCGCAUUCGACUAUUUCUGGCGUUUAUGGGCGCAUUUUAUUCAAGGAAGUCAACAAGAAUCGCUUGUACAUGAGUCUCCGCCUCAAGAAUUGCAACAUUUAUUCACGGAAAUGUCUGUGCACGAGAAUUUUAACGAUAUGUUGGAUGCCAAACGUGGAUCGACGGAGCCUAGAAGUCCAAAAGACGUCAAACCAUCAAUUUAUGAGAAGCUGAAUUUAUCAAAGGCGGAUUUGGCGGAUAAAACAAAACUCAAACAUUGCGUUUUCGAGGGUUGUACGUCAAUUGUUCAGAUCUCAAGCUUCGUUGAACACCUGAAAAGAUGCAAAUUUAAUCCGGAUUUGGAACUAAUUUAUCAUUGCACGUUCGAGCCAUGUCAAAAAAUUUAUCCCAAGUACUCGACACUCAAAACGCAUCUCAACCGAUGUCGUUACAACCCGGAUCGCGAACGAAAAAUCCCGAAACAAUGCCCGCAUUGCCCGCAAAUGGUGACAAAUAUGAAAAAUCACAUCGCCGCAAGACAUUCCGACGAGCAAAGGUACAUUUGUGACACGUGCGGCGUCGCCAAAGCCACGCGACAAAUGUUGCAAGAUCACGUCAAGGCAAUCCAUUUGGGCGUUACGUACACUUGCAAGAUUUGCGACAGCGUUUUCAAGUCGCGCUUCAGUUUGAAGGGGCACACGAUGCGAGUUCACUCCGACAAACCGUUGGAACUGAAAAAAUGCGAACUUUGCGCGUACGUCAGUUACAGCGAUAAGCUCAUGGCGAAACACUUGCGAAGCAAACACGAUCCGAACAAUCAAAAAGUCCCGUGUCCCAUCUGCGAGAAGCUCUACAUCAACCAAAAAGCGUUGGAAGUGCACAUGCAAGUGCAUGCCGACACCGAAUUCCCCUGCGACGUUUGCAGUCACGUGAGCAAAACCGAAAGAGGCUUGAAGUCGCAUCAAACGUUGCAUCAGGAAUGGAAGUACGAGUGCCCGGCAUGCGGAUUGAAACGAAGAUCGGCAUUUGAAGUGAGAGUUCAUUGCAAAAAGGAGCAUCCGGGAUACGUUUUGCCGCCCAAAGGAACAGUUUUGAAGAAAACGAGCAGAAAUCGCGGCCAAAUGUUGAGUUGGAAAUGGACAGAGAACGAAAGACAAGAAAAUUCCGAAGGAGAACGGAGUUAUGACAGAAAUUACGAGUAAAUUUUUAUUUGAAUUGAAUUAAGCUUAAAAUUAUCAUAAUAAAUAAUAAAG